AUGAUUUCGUUGGAUAGGCAGAUCCCGCUCGCGAUGCUGGUUAGUUGGGUUAGCUAUUCGCAAGCGGUGUACAAUGAGGAGCGGAUAUGGACCAAGUGGUCCGUGAACCGGAAGGUCCGUGGUUCAAACCCGACCUCCUUGUCUAGGCUUGGGCAACCCGGCAAUAUUCCAGCCCUCGUGCCUCCUUCGUGUGGCAUGGCAGCUACGCACCGAAAGAGUGGUAAAGUUGAACGAUGA